GUCACAUGAAAGGGAGAUGGCGGCAACUUUUUCUGAAAUCAUGAAUUGACAGUGUCCAAUGAUUUCGUUCUUUCAAAGACUUAAAAGGUCAGUAGGUGAGAUGACAGUUGGUGAGGGCCAAGGGCCUGUUAGAAAGCGCCCUCGUCUGUCCUUAAAGUUAAAGAACAAAUCAGAGCAGAAGACAGAAGAAGUUGACCAGCAAAAAUGUGAGUCCCCCCAGACAGGAGAUGGUGCUCCAAGUAAAGUCCAAGAAGAAGAGGAGAGUGAGCUGCCACCUCUUGAGACAGAGGCUACAGAGCGGAGAGAGCUCGAGGUGAAGGAGGUGCCUAAAGUAGCUGGCUUGGAAAAUCUGGGUAAUACCUGUUUCCUGAACAGUGUGCUCCAAGUAUUGAGGUACACCCCAGGAUUCUCCCAGCAGUUGUCUAUUCUGUACAAGGAACUGAGUGUCAUAGAGAGAAAACUGGCAGCCGAGGCUAAAACUGGAGAGGGAGACAGUUCAUCUGGUGAUCUCUUGCCAUGGAAGCUGGUGAGAACUCUACACAAGCUGUUUAACAGAAUGGACCGUCUAGAAGAGAAAUGUGUGAACCCAGGUACUGAGCUCCUGUUUACAAGACCUGAGAGAUUGCUGGAUAUUGUCAGAGACCUGAAUCCCAUGUUUGAGGGCAACCUCCAACAUGAUGCACAUGAAGUUCUCAGGUGCAUGCUGGCCUAUAUAGAGGACGCUACUACAGAGGUCAACAAGUACAAGGUCAAGGCCGUGCCAAGUAUUGAGCCAGUGCCUGAUUCCAAGCAGCCAACUUUAAUGAAGUUUUUCCAGAAAAAUUCUGUGAAGAAGAAUCUAAUAUCAGUAGAUGAAUUAGGGUCAAAAGGUCAUGACCUUGCUGGUUCAAGGUCAGAUCAGAAACCUGCUAAUGGUACUCAAGAAUCUAGUCCAGUGAGGAAAGUAGAAGAGUUAAAAGUCCCCCACACUCCCAAACACUCAUCUCCCAGUAUAAAGAUCUACACUGCAGAGGACAUCAUAGAACACGUCAGUGGUGGUAAAAACCUCACCUCCAAGUUCACCUCUGUCAACAAUGAAGUGACCCCUGUGAAACAGACAGAGGAGGAGGAUGGCACUAAGGUGACAGGUGUGGACACCAAGACGUCACCCUCACCUAGGAGUAGGAAGAGACUGUGUCUGGAGGAUGCAGUGGAAGAGAUCACUGGUGUUCGUCCCAGUCAGGACUGGAAUGGACAUGACAUGAAACAGGAGAAAGGUGGGGGACCUCUGUUGAACUGUUCAGGAAAUGGUGAUGCAAACAUCAAUGGAAAUGAUGACAGCAUGGGUCCAGGCAGUCAGAGACCUGUGCUGAAAAAAGAUGGGGCUGGUGCAAUAGUGGGGAGGAAAAGAGGACGACCCAGGAAGGGCAAAAGUGAUUCUUGUCUUGACCAUGACGCUGAGAAAAAUGUGCCUUUGAAAGGACAGUCUAAGAAAAAGAAGCACUCUAAAUCUGUAUCUCAGGAAGUUCUGUCGAAAAGUUUCAGUGGAGAAAAUGGACUUGGUUUUGAGGAACCCUUGCCAAAACCUUUGAAGUCAAACUCGGAUUCUAAACAGCCAAGCAUUACUGCCAUGUUUGCCAAAAAGAGGCUGGGGAUGCGGGGAGCAGUCAUUAAGAGGGAACCCAGUCCUCUUGCAGGUGGCGGAGAGCCUAACAACAGCUCCCUGACUCCAACCAAACAAAAUGGCAGGUCUCAUCAUUUCCAAGAAAACAUUGACAUUGUGGAGGACAGGAAAUUGAACAGCGCGGCCUUUGUUAGACUUACUGCCACACCAGACCCACUGAGCUCUAAAAACACCUGUCAAGCCGGGAUUAAAAUUGACCCCAAACAAAAGGCCAAAGACAAUAAGCUUCUCUCAGGGGCCUAUGUUAAGAUUGAACGGAGUCCGUUUUUGGAAUCUCCGAAGAAAAAUACUCAGCAGAAGGCAGGAGAUACAUCCUCAUCGAGUUGGAAUUGCUCAGACAGGGAUAGUGAGAUGAUCUCUCAGUAUGCAAAAUCUCAUGUACAAGAUGCCAAACUCAGUCCAGGCAGCCCUCAGGUUAAACUAAACAGACAUGCUAUAGAUAAUUACUGCUCCCCAAAGAAAGAAAACAAAAACCUGAGCACUGUGUGUGAAAGUGGUACUGGGACAAAACAAGACAGUGUUAAUAAGAUUAAAAUAGAUCUCUUUGGUGCUCUUAAUGGGAAGUCAGGGAAUGACAGUAAUCAUUUGUCCAACAUUUCUGAAGUAGACCAAAAAGGUGUAGAGACUAAAGAUGCUCAAAAAACGAAAUCCAAUAUGACUAUUAAACAGUCUUUUGAAAAAAUGGGCGUCAGUAUCAGUUCCAAAAAUCAGUCUGGCAAUUUGUCUCUCUCGUCCAAACAUGGUGAUAAAUCGAACAAAACUUCGGAAUUACCAUCUGAGAGCGGCAGGCGCAUGGACGUGGAUCUUGAGAUUGUCAAAGUUGUGAAUGGCGACCGAGUCGGGAAUAAAGAUGACACGGAUCCAGAAGACAAGAUGGACGCCCACCAGCCAGACACGUACAUGGCGUCCCCGGCCAAGUCGCCGAAAUCUCACAGAAGAAAGACCAACGAGCUGGACUGUUUGGUUCAGGAUUUGUUUCAGGGCAGCAUGGCCCUGAGGACGCGAUGUCUGGAGUGUGAGGGGUUCACGCAGAGGAAGGAGGACUUUCAGGACAUUGGGGUCCCAGUGAAGAAAGAGAAAGUCAAGAAAGAAGAGGGGGACACUGAUGAUGAGACAGAUGACGAGUCCUGUAAGCCUGGCAGUGUAAGUUGGUUGAUGGAGGCUUUCUCAGAGAUAGAACGUCUGCAGGAUGAUAAUAAAUAUUUCUGCGAUCAGUGCCACAGAUACGUGGAAGCUGAGAGGUCCACCCAGUAUGUCAGGCUGCCACAGAUACUGAUGCUUCAUCUCAAGAGAUUUGAGGCAAACUCAGGGUUAUUUGGUGGUAUCUCCAAGGUGAAUGAUUUCGUGGCCACGCCCCUGGUUUUACCCUGCUUCAGUAACAGGUGCAAACAGCCUUGUCGUAAACACAGUCAUGAAUUUGAAUUGUAUGCAGUUGUCAUGCACAGCGGUAUUUCCAUCUCCUCCGGUCACUACACUGCCUACGUCAAAGCACCCCCUGUUCACAAGAUGAAGGACCCCUCCAAAAAGACGGACGUCAAAUCUGCAGAGCGACAACGCCCCGUUUCUGAGAGAAUUAAACGGAAAGGAGAAGAAACUGCAGGGAAAGCAAACUCCUGUAAUAUCUACACCCAGAAUGAAGUAGACAUCCCAGACUAUUCUGGGAAUUGGUUUGAGUGUGAUGAUGAAAGGAUUUGUCUUAAAAGCGAAGAAGACAUGCAGAGCUUGUUGAAUAAACAAGUCAGUAUCUGCGAGACGCCAUACUUAUUGUUUUACAAAAUGACUCCCGUCCCCUACGAGAGAGUGGUCCUUGUAUAGCGUGUAGUGAGACAACAUUAGUUGUUUGGUUCAAAACCUCAGUGAAGUAUUUGUUAGAAUAUUCUGAAAGGAAAAUAUAUUUUGUUAGGUUAUUGGAAUGUUCUUUUCUGAUCAAUGGGUUUUAUUUGAUAGCAAAAGAACAUUCUAUGCAGAUGAUGUUUUACAUGAUCUGGAUCUUUUAUUAGUUUUUCAGACAUAGAUGCAAGUUCUACUUAAUGUCCUGUGUUUUUUAUGACUCAUUAUUGAAUCUUUUGGGUUUUGUUAUUGAAGAGACUUUAUGAAUAAUACCAGAACAUUUUCAUGUGCUGAGCUGGGUUGUGGUAAACUUCAUUAUUUUGUGCUACAGAUGAUUAGUUCGUAAUUUUGUGCACUUUGGAUAAACAUAUCUUUGUCUAUGACAAGGUCAAAUUAAAAAAAAACAUUAACAAAGCUUGGAAGAUCUGUAAUUUGAACUAAUCAAGGUGGAGAUGCUAAUCUUGACAUUAGACAACAUAAUAAAGUAAAACCUAGACUGUGUCAAGACCAAACCAUUGUGCUAUUAAGAGAUCUUGGUACAUUAGAAUGUAGUGGUUUCUUCUUGAAGAACAAGUAUUUUAUUCUGUUGUAGACUUCAGUUAUUAUUAUUGACUUACAAAUGAAAAUGAGGAUUUAAGGGCAUCUCAGUUUCAAUGUUCAGAUGUUUGAUAGCGAAAAAAAGAAAGUAAAUGAUCUCAGUGCAGUUCUAACAAUUAUCUCACAGUUGGAACAUAGUACUGCAUGUUUGAUUGAAACAAUGGUUUGAAAAUGAGAUUUAGUACUUGAUAAUAUACAGUGUCUUCUGUAGUUAAUACAAUAAACAGCACUUUGGUGAAAGAUUGAGACAUCAACAUUUAAACUUCCAACACUGAUAAUUCAGCAUUGAAACUUGAAUUAGACAAGAGAGAAGGGAAGGUGCCUGUAGGAACAAUAAUUUCUCUGACUUUUGUUGUGACUUGUGAGACUACACAGUUUACACACACAGUCUCAUGGUUGGAAAUCCUUACUUAUGGGGCAGAAAUAUGUUUUUUUUCUGUUUAUCAAUUCGAUUUCCAAUUAUAUUGGUGGUUAUAUGACUGUAAACAGUCCCGUGUUCGGUUGGCCAACGAGGAAUUUCUCAGUUUUUUCUGACAAUCCAAAAUUAUGCCCAAUCAGUGGAAAAUGCAUUGACGUUGUCGCAGGAAUUUUGUUUCAAAACUUGUGUCCAAGUUAACUAUGUUUAUUUCCAGUUUUGUAAAAUAUAAACUGAUAACAGUA